GAGUGUACACUCCUGGAGUAAUUUUUAUGUCUCACAUAGUGAAUCUAUUGACUUCCUUUCCUUGCAACUGUAUUUUAUUCAGACAGAUUAUGUCAAGGACUCCAACCCAACACAACACACGAGAAUGUCAAAAGGAGAAGUGCUGAGAAAGUCACCAAGUCAGAAGAACUCCAUCAACCACCACGCUCGCAGCGCCCAUAAAUAGAGGGACUGCCGGUGAUGGAUGGGACAGAGCCAAGCCAAGCCCAAACCAGAGUACCAUACCAAACACCGCCGUCGUAGGUUGCCAUGGACACCUUCUUCCUGUCGCACGGCGCGCCGACGCUCUGCAUCGACGAGACGAUCCCGGCGCGGAGCUUCUUCCAGUCGUGGCUGCCGGCGGCGAUCGCGGGCACGCAGGCGCCGCGCGCCAUCCUGGUGGUGUCGGCUCACUGGGAGACGGACGCUCCGGCGGUCAACGUCGUCCGCGGCACCAACGACACCAUCCACGACUUCCAUGGCUUCCCACACCAGAUGUACAAGCUGACGUACCCUGCGCCGGGCGCGCCUGACCUGGCCGAGAGGACCAAGAAGCUCCUGGAGGACGCCGGGUUCGGGCCGGUGAGCGAGGAGCACGGCCGCGGGCUCGACCACGGCGCCUGGGUGCCGCUGAUGCUCAUGUACCCCGACGCCGGCAUACCGGUGUGCCAGCUCUCCGUGCAGACUGAGAGGGACGGCACCUACCACUACGACCUCGGCAGGGCGCUGGCGCCGCUCCGGGACGACGGCGUGCUCAUCAUCGGCUCCGGCACCGCCACGCACAACCUCGCCAAGAUGGGGCCUCACGACGCGCCGCCGCCGCAGUGGGCCUCCGACUUCGACACCUGGCUCAAGGAUUCGCUCCUAGACGGGAGGUACGAGGACGUGAAGCGAUACAAGGAGAAGGCGCCCCAGGCUGAGGUGGCGCACCCAUCGCCGCAUCAUUUCUACCCGUUGCACGUCGCGCUCGGCGCCGCCGGGGAGGAGUCCAGGGCGGAGCUGAUCCACCAUAGCUGGACCAACACCAGCAUCUCCUACGCUUCAUACCGUUUCACCACGAAGAUAUAACGGCCUUGGGUUAUUUGGUUUGUAAUAAAUUGGUUGAGACCAUGAGGAACUGAACCUUUUGUGUGUGAUUGUAUUAUCUUCUACAAUAAGAAAAUUGGUCAUCUCUAUUUAAAAA